UUGAUCACGUGACUUGUGCGAAAUGUCAUUCAAUAGCGUGAAAAUUAAUAUUGUUCGUAUUUAAUAGCUUUUGCGUACUAUUACCAGUAUUUUAUUGGAUUUAAAUGCUGUAGGUGUAUUAAAGACAUGCUAUUCUUACAAUGCAUCGCACUUGUGUAUUAAAAUAUGCUGAUAAGCAAUGAAGAUUUGAUGAGAAAUUGUGUGUUUUGACAGCAAAUUGAUCAGAACUAAGAAAGGUGAUGUCACGUAAACUGUAUGCUACAGACCCACUCGCUACUUUAUUUUGACGUAUUAUUCGGAUAUUUAUCUUACAUAUCAAGUGCUUUAAAUACGAGCUACACAUUACAUCCUUCAUACGUGUUUCCUGGUGUAAAAUUAAAGUGUUUUAAAGUGAAUGCAAGCAGGUGAUCGGCAGGGGACCUAGCUGAAUUCUUAACAAAAUUGUUCAGUGCAGCUUCAUAUUGUUUUGGAUUUACAAUAGUGUUGACAUAAUUACAGAGUUUAUAAAGCUGUGUGUGAAUUCGGAUAUCUGAGAAGUUUAAAGUUUGUGCAUAGUUACAUACUAAUUUCAUGCAGAUCCAUAUUUGAAAUAACAUUCUGUUUACAGCCCAGGAAAGAACCGGUUUCCAGUGAAAAGUUUUUUGAAUCAAUGGCAAGUGGGGAGGGACAGAACGGACCAAUGGAUGACAGUGACUCACAGAAGAAGCAAGGAACAAGAGUAUUCAAGAAAAGUAGUCCCAAUGGCAAAGUUACAGUGUAUUUGGGAAAACGUGAUUUUAUAGAUCAUCUAACACAUAUAGACCCCAUCGAUGGGGUCGUUCUCGUAGACCCAGAGUAUCUGAAAGAGCGUAAAGUAUUUGCACAUGUACUAGCAGCAUUUCGAUAUGGCCGUGAGGAUCUGGAUGUGUUGGGUCUCACGUUUCGUAAAGACUUAUUCCUUGCCUCGAUGCAAGUAUAUCCCGCAGUCAAAGAUCAACAAAAACCUCUCACAAGACUGCAAGAACGUCUCAUAAAAAAGCUUGGACCGAAUGCCUACCCUUUUUUCUUUGAACUACCGCCAAAUGCCCCAGCAUCAGUUACCUUACAGCCGGCACCUGGAGACACAGGAAAGCCAUGUGGGGUAGAUUAUGAGUUGAAGACAUAUGUGGCAGAGAAUUUAGAGGAAAAACCUCAUAAAAGGAAUUCCGUCCGUCUGGCAAUCAGAAAGUUGACGUAUGCUCCAGAGGAACCAGCGCCCCAGCCAAGUGCAGAAACUUCAAAAGAUUUCAUGAUGAGCCCUGGAAAUAUAAAACUUGAAGCAUCACUUGACAAAGAGAAAUAUUACCAUGGUGAAAGCAUAGCUGUCAAUGUUCUAGUCGACAAUAAUACUUCAAAAACAGUGAAGAAAGUGAAAUUGUCAGUGAGACAAUUUGCCGAUAUUUGUUUAUUUUCCACUGCCCAGUAUAAGUGCACAGUAGCAGAAAUGGAAAGCGAGGAAGGUUUUCCAAUACAGCCAAGUCAGACUGGUUUCUGUAAAGUGUUUCACCUAACACCUUUAUUAUCAAAUAACCGAGACAAACGAGGUCUUGCACUAGACGGUAAACUCAAGCAUGAAGAUACGAAUCUUGCCUCAUCCACUAUUGUACAAGAUAACGUACAGAAGGAGAAUCUGGGUAUUGUUGUUUCAUAUAAGGUGAAAGUAAGACUCAUACUAGGAUUUGGAUCCGGGGAUUUAUCUGUUGAACUACCAUUUACACUGACACAUCCUAAGCCCCCUGAAAGUCCCCCACCAUCAAGACACGGAAGUAUCGCUAAACCGAAUGACGGUAGUGAGGCACCAGUUGAUACAAAUCUCAUACAGUUGGAUACAAAUGUUGAAGGCUUUGAAUAUCGGGACGAUGAUUUCAUAUUUGAAGACUUUGCUAGACUACGUCUGAAAGGUCAUGAGGGCGACGACACAGAAGCAUAAACCUUGUGACCUCUUGGUUGUCACAACUACCCAUCUAUCAUAAAUAUUUUGCCAGUGAAGAUAAAAGAUGUUGGAAUAGAAAUCACCUCUUCUCAUUAAAAGAAUUUUGAACCUAUUAAUGUUUCAUCAAAACUUUUUGAGUUCAGCCUGAUAACUGUUGCCUAUCAACAGAAAUUAUCUAGCAACUGACAAAAUGUGAUCAAAAGAAUUUGGUAUUUUCUGUUGUCAUGGGGAUUUAUAUAUGUGGUGUCAUUCUCAUUUAUAGCAGUUAAAAUGUUUUGUAUCUUCUCUAAUGAAAUUUUGCAUAGAAAUGAUACCAUGAAAAUCUUUAUUUAUGUUCAUACUUUAGCUUUCUUUAAAUUCUCUGCACAUUUUUAUAUAUAUGUCAAAGUCAAGAAAUAGCCUUUAAAAUUCAGUUGUAUGGAAUAAUUUACAAGUCCAAGAAAACUGAAUUUUUAGAGCAGUCUCAGAGUGCACCCUUGCCAUUGGUCAAUUUCAAAAUUGAGCUUGGAAUCGACCAGUCAGAUGGUUUGGUUUCCAGACUGGGCUGCACACUUAGUUUUGCAGUCUUCGGGCCCUGAGUUUUGUAAUGCUUGAAGUCAAAAAGCAAAUAACUUAUGCAUUACUGUAAAACUAGACAUCCGCUGUACAUUAGUACAUGUGAUGAAUACAAAAGAAAACAGUGUCUGUAGAAUUCAGGGCUUCAGCUCAUAGGGUCAGAAUUUGAAAGCUUAUAGACAUAGUAACUAUUUCAGCUUGCUCAGUUUUAAUCAGUUCAUCAUGGUAUUUUUGGCUAAAGUCUUUGACCUGUAUAACAAUACAUACUGAUCACUAUCACAUUCUCAGAUGCCUGUUAUUUCCAGGAAGAAGUGCUUCCCUGUAAGUCACCAUGUCACUACCAAUACUUUUUUUAAUAGAGUAACUAACUACAACAAACUACACAUUAUAGUUAAUUAAAUCAUAUUUAAGUGUUGCAGUUUAAAGCUAUUUACCUUGUGAUUUCGUUUAACGUGUUUGAAGAAUGUAGCCAAAUAUGAUAUCUGUAAACAAAAUCAAGAAUUUUCUUAUUAUUUUGAGAGUUACUUUUACAUCUUAUAUUAAGAACUUUGGCCAAGAUUUUAUUAUUUCUCUUUUAGUAACGCUGACUUUUGAGUUAAAAAAGACUACCUCGAACUUACAUAGAAAUUGUUUCCCCAUACAUUAUAAAUUGACAGGUUGUUGGCUGGGUACACAGGGUAGUCUAAGCUUGCCUGUGACACUACUCAUUCGAACCUCGAUGGCUCAAGCACUCGGACUCACUUUAGCAAUUCUUGUGGUCUCUGGUCAUCAUCUAUGUUUAGUUAGCUCUAAACCCUGGAUGACACGAGUAUUGUGUACAUCUCUCAGUGACCUUGAGUGAUCAUUGCUUUACUGUGUUAGCAAUGGCAUUAGCUGACUCAGCUACUCCGUAUGCCCCCAGUAUAUCUGGUCAGCAACCUGUCGGAACAGUUGAUAUUGCAAAUCCAUUUACUUCAUCCCAUAUUUCAAACUUCAAACUUACAGCAAAAAAUAUUUAUUUUUCCAGUUCUGUUAUGCAAUGCUUCUAUGUGCACAUUCUUGUUCAUAAACACAAAAAUACAUUACACAGUGCUGGAGUGUACAGCAUAAUUUUGGAUUUGCUCCGAUUGCUUUAGUUCAUAUAUUUAUAAUAAAAAAACACACAAUGCCUUCAGCAAAGGAUUUUUUUAUUUGAUAAGAUUUUCACGUUACAUUUCAUGGUAAUAUAAAAGCAUCCUUCGUACGGUAAAACUGAAUCAAAAAUUGCAAGUGAAGAGAGUUAUUUUGUUUCUGAAAGCUGAAAAUUAUUCAAACACAAUGACUAAUCAAGAUUAAGUUUUCAAUGGACUACCUCAGUGGGAAUGCCAGAAAUUUGUUUACAUUUGGAUUCCAUGUCUCCUGACUUCAGGCAGAUGUGAAUUUAUUGCUAUAAAACAGUACUUGCUUGUUUUUUUUUUCUGUUGCCAUAGAAGUAAAAUAGAUUUCAAAUUUUCUUUUCAGGGAUCUAUUUUGUUUAUAUUACCAAAGAUAUUGUUUCAUUUAUUACUAUACAUGUAUUUAUUCUUGUUUAUUUUCUUAAUUUGCUGCAAAAAGUACUUUUUUUCCCAAAAUACAUAAGAAAGGCAGUAUGUGCCAAUGUUUUGAAAAAAAUAUUUUAUUCGUGUAUGUAGAAAAUUUAAAAGAUAAAAUAAUUAUCGCUGCACUUAACUGCCACAAUACUAAGGUUCUGUAAGUUUGUAUCAUACACAGAUGUUCAAUACAAUUUACAGUAAACCUCGCCGAGGAAGCACUCAGAGUGUCAAGAGAGAAAAAAAGGAGGGAAUGGAGGUGGAAUAGUGUGGAAGUUGUUCAGAAAUGGAACUUUAUAUCUUUGUGCUUUACUUAACUUGAUGUUGUAUUUGUGAAUUUACUUACAAACAGAAUGUUGGACACAUCUUAUCAAAUGUAUUAGGUGUUUGUCAAUGCAGUGAAGACUUAUUUAUUUUGUGUUAAAUUUUUGAAAAAAUAGUUUUCAGGAAAUUACCGUGUCUCUUGUCAAAAAUAUAAAAGUAUAGUAGAGAAGGGGUGCAUGUGUAUCAAUAAUAUAUGUACUGGACACAAAAAGUAAUGAAUGUUACUUAUUUGUUGUCACAUGACCAGCAAAACUAUUUAUAAUACAGAAAAAAUGAAAUAAGACUAACAUGAAAACAUCGUUAGAAAGAAACUUAGUUUUUUAGACAAAUUCCAGUGUACCCAAACUUGAAAUUUUAAGCAAAUUGAAUAUGAAAUGUGUUCUGUGUUGUUACUUUGUAUUUUAAAUCUGGUCAAAUCUGAAAGAAAAAUGAUAGAGGAGGAUUUAGAUUAUAGGACAGAAAAGUUUUAUAAUGAUCAUACAAAGAAUUUUAUUAGAGGGGAAAAAAGAUUAUACUGUUCCUUGCAAUGCAAAGGUGGUAAAAUAUUUAUGGCAUUUCUUGAUGUAAUUGAUGGGAUUAUAACUGUCAAGUUCAGGAAAACAAGCACUCAUUUCUUUUCUUCAGAGCAGCCAUUAAAUGCUUUUGGCUAGAAAAAAGCCUAGCUUUGCAAGCUUUUUGGAAUUGAAAAGAACUAUGCAUGUGUUGAGAUACUGUAAGUCUGGACCUAAUUGCUCAAAACAUUAUCUACUGGUUAAACUUUUCAGUGGAUACAUUAGUUCCUUACCUGUGCUUCAUAUAUUGAUGAAAAUACUGUAGAAACCCAUGUACUAUGCACAGUCUUUUGACAAAUGGGACCACCCAUGAAUCUUAGGUGCAUAUUGUAUGCAGUUUAAGACAAUUUUCUGACUCAAAAGCUUGUUUAUAAUUGUUCACCAUUGUGGUAGGAAGAAACUACUCUUUGUGCUAAAAACUAAGAUUGCUGUUACAUUUUGUACUAGAUAACAGUACUUUAUGUUUUAAAUAUUUUUUUUAAUGUGAAUUUAAUUGUAUUUCGAAGAAAGUCAUGGAUAUUUUUAUACAAAUUAAGGAUCAAGUAUUAUUUUUUAACAAGAUCCAACUCGUUAACAAAACUGAUACAAGAUGACACAGUAAACCUUCCUGCUAAUUGCCAGUGGUGUCAUCUUUAACAGAUCGACCAAACAAAAGACAGUCACAGCUUUUGUUUUUGGUUUGAAUUGAUAAGCUCAUGAUUUCAUCUUGUACAAAUGAAACUGAAGUUCUCUCAAGAUCUAGUGUAACUCAGUGAUCUAUAGUGAUACAGAAAGCUUCGUGAACUCUGAAGGUUAACUCUUCUGUAAAUACUCUGUCAUGUGGAGGUAUCUUUAAAUCACCAGAUGUUUACUAUUUUUUUUACACAUUUUUCAGUUUUGUUUUCUUCCUUCUGGAUUUACCAAAAAAAAAAGUCCCACCAUCCCCCUCCCCUACCCUCCACAAAAAUUUGAGUUGAAUAGAUGGUGUGCAUUAUACUUGGGUACCUAUGGUAUAUCAGAAUAUGGAUUGUAAUGAUGAAACUUGUGAUUUUUUAACAGAUUUAGUGUCAUUUCUACCAGUUUCACUGAUGUAUAUUUAGUAGACAAGGCUACUUUCCAGAUUUUAUUCAGAAUUGAAGCUGCAGACAGUUUUACCAGUUGAUAAAGUUUCAAGCAACUUGGUUCUGGGAUUUUAAGCAUCACUUUUAUUUGGCAGGUUUGAUUCUAACUAAUGUUCUUUAGAAUGUUUGUGUCAUAGAUAAUGCUGUGUAGGACUUGCUAUUGUUCACAGUUUCUUUUAGGCUUUGUCUAAGGCAAAAACAAAAAGAAUUGCAAAUAUUAUCUAACCUGUAGUUGCCAGAAAUGAUUGUUAAAUUUUUGAUGUAAAUUAUAUUGGAUCUUCUGAUAUUGACAUAGUCAGGAGGGUGUUGAUAGGACAUACUGCAACAAGAGGGUAUUGAUAGGACAUAAUGCAACAGGAGGGUAUUGAUAGGACAUAAUGCAACAGGAGGAUAUUGAUAGGACAUAAUGCUACAGGAGGGUAUUGAUAGGACAUAAUGCAACAGGAGGGUAUUGAUAGGACAUAAUGCAACAGAUGUAAGUUCACAAGAUAAUGAACAUGCUCAUCAGUGUUCCAAGUUCAAAAUGUAAAGCUGCAAUAUUGAAAUAAAGCUCAAUAGAAAGUGAGACAGUUUAAAUGCUUUACACUGAUGGAUACAACUUGUUCAAAAUCCAAACACCUGUGAAUAUAUUGAACAUCAAUGAUUAAAAAGCAUUUUGAAUUUCAACAUAUGGUAAGUGAAAAAUACACAUCAUUUUACAUCUGAACAGCAAUGAAUACAUAGCAUUUAAAUUUGAACAUCAGUAAAUUGAGCAUUUCAGAUUUGAUCAGUGAUGUAAACGGGCUAGGAAAAGACAAGUUUGAAAUCAGGAUGCAAAGAUUUUUUAUUUUUGUUGUUGAUUUUAUGGACAUUUUAGUAAUAAUUAUUGUUCUUGUUGACAAGACUUGUGUAUUUUAAACAUAUUAUAUUGUAACUGUUAGAUAUUGUGUAGCAAAUUGAUCAUGUUUAAUAUUGUUAUGUUUUGUGUACAUGUUGGUGUCAUGUGACUGCAUUGGUCAUGUGAUUUGGGUUAUGUGAUGUUACAUCACAUAGAUGUUUUAAAUUUAAAAGCAUAAAAUAAAUUAAUAUUUUGUGUACCAGUCUAAAAAUAGAAUUUUUUGGUGUAUAAGAUUCUUUGUACUUGUGCAUAAUAUAUUAGUAAUUGUGACAAGAGUUAUUUAUCAUUUUUUACAUGGGAAAAAAUUGUGUGUAAAUUGUUGCAUCCUGUAUUUUUACACUUCAAACGCUUGUUGAAAUAAAGAAGGUAUAAGUUGAGUGCCGACUACUUAACUCAAAAGGGAAAGUUUAAGUUUUUCCACAAUGGAAAAAAAGAUAAAAACCUCUAGCAAGUUUUUUGUUGCACCACUAAGUUCUCUUUUUAGUCUGUGUAACUAUGUAUGGCAUAUAUAUAGAAUAUUAUUUGACCCCGCCCCUAUACAUAUUGUUGGUGCUUAUUCUGCUAUUCUUUGAUACAGGCAUCGUUUGGUGAAAUUAGACUAGCAUAUAAAUAAAUUUCUUAUUGAUAUUACAUAGUUUGUAUUAUUUUGGUGUAUUUUUCUCACAUUAGCACACUGAUGAAAUGUUAACAUAAAUCAAAUGUCAACUAAAAUCAGUCUACCUUACAACAGUCUACCUUAAAACUUUAUAUCGACAAGCUUUUUUAUGCUAUCACAUUUUUAGCUCGUCUUUUCGAGGAAAAAGUAGAGCUAUUGCACUCGCCUUGGCGUUGCCGUUGGUUAAAGUUUUUGAUAAAGUCAUUUCAUAUCUCUGUUACUAUCAAAGCUUUUGACUUGAAACUUAAAAUAGUUAUUUACUAUCAAAGUCUACACCAUGAGAAACAAUCCCCAUAACUCUGAUUGAAUUUUGACAGAGUUAUGCCCCUUUUUAACUUAGAAUUUUUUGGUUAAAGUUGUAUGAAAUUUUUACUGGCAAACCUCUAAUUCAAGUCAAGCAUGCUGUCUUAUGGACAGCUCUUGUUUAUAAGACUAUGGUGUUUACAUUUUGGUGUCAAGUUUUAGAUGAUAGAAACUGUAUCAUCUUGAAACUCAAAGUGGGUAAUACACAUGAAAGUUUGAAGUGUCCAAAAUAAAAUCUGUGAAACAAUCACAAGCUAUUUCAGUACUGCCAGUAGAACAGUAAUACUGUUAACACAAUAGUUAUUUCAUUUACCAUUUUAAAAAUCUCUGCAUAUAUUUCAGUUCAGUGUGGGAUUUACAUUUAGAGGGCUUUACAUGCUGAAUGGUUUUAGUAUACUGUAUACCUUAAUAUAAAUAGUACCAAAUCUGCACAGAACUGAAUAGUUUUCAAGCCAGGUCUGGUUUUAAGUCAUUUAAUGAACAAAAGACUGGUAACAUGGUGGACAUUUUCACUCGGUACUAUAGUGUUGUCUAUGUAAGCUGAUCUCCAAACUAGAGUGCAAACCACAAACUAUUGCAUUCAAAUUUAUCAAUGGAUUUGAAUGAACAGCUUGCUUGUUUUGAAUUUGCAUACUCCCCCACCUAAAUAUAUUAUGUCAUCCGACACUGUAGAGCCCAGAUUGCAUUAGAUUAAACUAUAGUCCAGUUUGAAAAUGCUCAAUAUUACCGUUAUUCAAUACUGUUAAGAGCUUUUCCCCUUUUGGUUGCCACUGAGAAUAUGUUUGGAAAAUUUUAUUGAUUUAAAAGAAUUAUUCAGUCUUUUAACUCUAGUUGGAAGAGUUUUUGGACACAAGUAAAAUAAGGUCAAAAUUAUUAUUUAGAUCUGGAUACAUGAUUAUGCAAAACAUGCUUUGGUAAACAUAGCCAUUUCACAUUGAAAAAUCCGUGUUGAAUAUACUAAUCUCAGUAUACAUGUAUAAUCCAGCCAAUCUUCAAACUUUAUUUUACCCAUUUUAUGCUAUACUAAAUUGUAAUCUGUUUCUAGCAAUUAUACAUGUCUUCUUUUUCCACCCCUAUAAUCUAGUAGGCAAUUCUGUAAAAGAAUUUGGAAAAGUCUACUUGAGAAAUAUUGGGGUGGAAGGUGUAAGUGUAUAUUUAUACUGAAAGUAACUGGUUUCUGUCACUACUUUUGUUUCAAUGUCUGUUACUCUGUUAUCAUUUUAAAGCUUUAAUAUAUGACUUAAGUUUAGUGAUUAGUUAGGAAGGAUCUGACAUUAUUAAAAUGUGCGAGAACUGUU